AUGGAUAGCAAUAAUUGGAGGGCUUCUCAAGGGCAGGUCCAAAUUCCGGGUCAGGUUAUCGGCGGAGAAUCGGUGCCGAAUGCGGGUGUGGAAGGAGGCGAUUGGAGGACUCAGCUACAACCGGAUUCCAGACAGAGGAUAGUAAACAAGAUAAUGGAGACUUUGAAGCGGCAUCUUCCUUUCUCUGGACAAGAGGGACUACAGGAACUUAAGAAAAUAGCUGUCAGGUUUGAGGAGAAAAUUUAUACUGCAGCAAUAAGUCAGCAAGACUAUUUAAGAAAAAUAUCCUUGAAGAUGUUGACUAUGGAGACAAAGUCCCAAAAUCCUAUGGCGAAUUCUCUUCAGUCUAAUGCUGCAAGUAAUAGUAAAGCCCCCCAAGAUUCAGGUUCUCAAAGCAUGCAGUCUCAAAUGCAGAACCAGGUCCAGCAACUCCCGAUUCCAUUGGUUUCCAAUCAAUCUCAAGCUCGGCAGCAGCAUCUAUCCCAGAAUAUGCAGAACAAUAUUUCGGCAACUGGAGUGCCGAAUUCUUCUGGUCUUACAUCCACAAUGCCCUCAGUUGGUGGCAUGACCACACAGAAUACUAACAUGCAAAACAUACAGAACAUGCCUAAUAUAUCCGGUAAUGCCGUGGGCAGUUCCAUGGGGCAAGGAGUGUCGUCCAAUAUGUACACCAAUUCUCAGAGACAACAAAUUCAAGGACGGCAACAACAGGUUAUGACUUCAGAGCCACAACAACAGACUCAGAACUCUCAGCAGUAUCUUUAUAACCAGCAGCAACAUCUCAAGCAGAAUUUUAAGCCAGGAAAUAUUCAGCAGCAACCCAUCAUGCAGUCUCAGAUGCAGCAACCACAACAGCAGCAUAACCUGUUGCAGCAGAAUCAACUUCAACCCCCUCAACAGGCUGUCAUGCAACCUUCUUUAAGGCAAACAUCGGCUUCAUCCACCCUUCAAAAUCAGCAGACACCUCUUCAGCAGUCGACUCAAUCUAUGCUUCAGCAGCAAUCGCAGUCCGUCCUCAGGCAACAACAACAACAACAACAACAACAACCGCAGCAGCCUUCUAUCAUGCAUCAACAGCAAAAUUCGAUGCCUCAACAUCCCAUAAUGCCCACACAGCAGCAACAGCAGCAACAACAACAGCAGCUUAGCGGGCAGCAGCCUAACAAUGCAAACAUACAACCGAACCAGCUGAUUGGCCAACAUAAUAGUAUUCUUGACGCACAGCAGCAGCAGCAGAGGAUGAUUUCUCAGCAGAACAAUAUGUCACACUUGCAACAGCAACAGGCAGUUGGUCAACAGAACAACCUUCAGGGAAUGCAUCAACAGCAGUCAACUGGGCAGCAGAACAACCUCCCGAAUAUGCACCAGCAGCAGUUAGGCACUCAAAGCCUCAACGGUUUUCAGCAGCAGCAAAUGGUUGGAAUGCAGCAUGGUACGUCUAGCUUGCAAAGUAAUCAGCAGCAUGUCCAUAUGUUGCAACAACCUAAGGUUGGGGUACAACAACCAAUGCAGUCGAACAUGCUGCCUAACCAAGCUCAACAGCCGCAGUCACAAUCGAUGCAGCUGAUGUCUCAGAUCCAAUCACAGCCAGGGCAACUGCAGCAGCAAUUGGGUCUACAACAGCAGGCUAGCACAAUACAAAGGGACAUGCAACAGCGGAUUCAAACAGCUGGGCCGUUGCAUCAACAACAAACUACAAUUGAUCAGCAGAAGUCGUUGAUGCAAUCUCAAAGGGUCAUCCCUGAGGUUCCGCUAACAACAGUGGAUUCAUCACCACAAACAGGAAAUGGCAGUGGAGGGGACUGGCAAGAGGAGGUAUAUCAAAAGAUCAAAGCCAUGAAUGAGAUGUAUUUUCCUGAAUUGAAUGAAAUGUACCAAAGAAUGGCAACCAAGUUGCAGCAGCAUGAUUCCCUUCAACAACCUAAAAAUGAGCAGCUUGAAAAACUCAGAUUUCUCAAGAUGAUGCUGGAACGUUUUAUAAUAUUUCUGCGGACCAAUAAGAACGAUAUUCAGCUUCAUCACAGAGACAAGAUUGCUGGAGUGGAGAAGCAGAUUGUUAAUAUUCUGAAUUCAAACAGACCCCGCAAGCCAGUUUCUUCUUUGCAGCAAGGGCAGCUCACUCAGCCUUCAAUGCAUGCUAUGCAGCAGUCUCAGCAGCAACAGUCCCAAAUUACUCAAAUGCACGUGAAUGAAGGCCAAAUGAAUUCCCAGAUGCAACCAAUGUUGGCAUCGCAGCAAAAUAAUCUACCAAACUUGCAGCAGAGUUCCUUGUCUUCUGUUUCUGGUGUUGCGAAUUCUCGCCAGAAUAUGAUGGAUGCUCUGCAUCCUGGUUCAAGUAUUGAUCCUGGACAAGGAAAUGCUCUAAACCCUAUGCAACAAGUAUCUAUGAGCUCUCUACAACAAAAUCCAGGAGGUGGAGCACAACAGAUGAACAUCAACUCGAUGUCGUCGCAAAAUGUGUUGACGAAUUUGCAGUCAAAUGUUAAUCUACAAGCAAAUGGGAAUAUGCUUCAACCACAUCAGAUAAAACAGGAGCAACAAAUGUUUGCAUCUCAGCAACUAAAACAGCAAUACCAGCAGCGUCAACAAAUGCAUAGGCAGCAGUUACUUCAGCAGCAACAGCAACAGCAACAGUCUAGUCUGCAGCAGUCAGUUCAGUUGCCUGGUCAGCAAAUGAUGCAGCUUAAUCCGAUUAAUGAUGCAAAUGAUAUGAAGAUGAGGCACCAGAUUGGGGCAAAAUCAGGAGUUCUCCAGCAGCAUAGUUCCUCUGGCCAACGGCAAUCAUACAUUCACCAACAAAUGAAACCUGGAGCCCCAUUCUCUAUUUCCUCACAGCAGGGUCUACAGGCGACAUCCCCGCAGAUCAGUCACCAACCAUCUCCUCAAAUUGAUCCGACAUCGCACUCCAAAGGUGGAACUCCUUUGCAUUCUGCAAACUCACCAUUUAUUGUCCCAUCUCCUUCAACUUCAAUGGCUCCAUCCCCUAUGCCGGGGGAUUCUGAGAAAGUGAACUUCGGACCGUCUUUGUCAAAUGCUGGACAUCCUGUGCAACAUGCGGCUACUGCAGCAUCAGUACCAAACCAAUCGGUUGAUAUUGCUACACCUGGGAUAUCAGCCUCGCCUUUGCUUGCAGAAUUUACAAGUCCUGAAGGCACUCAUGGUGUUGUUUCAACCAUUGUGGCAGGAAACUCUAAUGUUGUUGAACAGCCACUUGAACGGUUAAUUAAAGUGAUCAAAUCUAUGUCUCCUAAGGCAUUGAGUGCCUCAGUUAGUGAUAUUAGCUCAGUUGUCAGCAUGGUUGACAGAAUUGCAGGAUCUGCUCCAGGAAAUGGUUCCCGUGCUGCAGUAGGUGAAGAUUUGGUUGCUAUGACUAAAUGUCGUUUGCAGGCGAGAAAUUUUUUCACUCAAGAUGGGCCCACUGGUAGCAAGAAAAUGAGACGUUAUACUAGUGCAAUGCCAUCUAAUGUUGUCUCGUCUACUGGAAGCGUGACUGAUAGUCUUAGGCCUUUAACUGGUAAUGAAUCUGACGGAGAGUCCACUGGUGCAUCAAGCGUCAAAAGGCCUCGAAUUAAGGCAAACCAUGCACUCGAAGAAGAAUUGCGGGAAAUUAAUCAAAGACUUAUAGACACUGUUGUAUACAUCAGUGAAGAUGAUGUUGAUCCAACUGCAGUUGCUGCUGCUGGUGAGGAUGGAGAAGGUACCAUUGUAAAGUGCUCUUUCACGGCUGUCGGUCUUAGCCCAAAUUUGAAAUCACAGUAUGCGUCAGCGCAAAUGUCUCCAAUUCAACCUUUGAGAUUGCUUAUUCCCAACAAUUAUCCAAAUUGCUCUCCUAUACUUUUGGACAAGUUUCCAGUUGAAGUCAGCAAGGAAUAUGAAGAUCUGUCCAUAAAGGCGAAAUCAAGAUUUUGCAUUUCCCUUCGGUCCCUGGCCCAACCAAUGUCACUUGGGGAGAUAGCAAGGACUUGGGAUAGUUGUGCCCGUGCAGUUAUAUCUGAAUAUGCACAGCAAAGUGGUGGUGGAAGUUUCAGCUCAAAAUACGGAAAAUGGGAGAGUUGCUUGAGUGCAUCAUAA